AUGGCUCAGAUGGACUCUCAGGCUCCCGCGCCAGCGCCCGCCUCAGCACUUCCCUUAGUAUCGCCCAUCAUGGAGGAGAACGACGAACGCCCAGAUCUGGUUCGAGCCAUGGACUCGUCAGGUACCGAUGUGACAGAACUCUCCGAGGACUACGAGACGGAGACCGAGACCGACGUGCCGGGCCCCGACGAUGCCGACGUGCAAAGGAUGCAUUACCAACCCGUCCAUCUGGCCGACGGACAGAUGACGCCUGCCUCACAGUUUGGCUGGAGCCAGACCCGCCCAGCUCGUCCGCCCGCCGUUCGGCAACCCUCAAAUGCCUACGCUCCCGCCCGUCGCCCUCAUCAAUAUUCCUACAACAACACCGCCCAACGUGCACGCACUACCUCGACCAACCGUGUCCGCCGCAAUCCAAACGCAGAAUACCGCGCCCAGGAGAAGGCCUACGUUCAACGCUUGCGCCAGGAUGCUCCGCCCGACGAUUUCUUUGUUGGCGAGCCACGUACACCUAGUCUUGACUACAGCGACGGCUCCGAGCCCGACGACGAAUCACCAGCCGCUGGAGAAGUUAUUGAGCACGACUAUGAUGAAGAGACGGCAUUAUACUACGGCAAUGAAGAUAUGCAACCUUCAAUCGAAGAGUUGAAGAUUCCAGAGAAUCGCGAGCGCCUGGAAUGGCACUCGAUGCUGGCCAACGUCCUCACCGGAGAUGUUGUCAAGCAAGAGAAGAAACGUUUGAUUGGUGGUCAGGAUCCUCAGAGCGACCGAUCUAUGAUUAUGGAAGUCUGGACUGGCGUAAGAGCAAAGGUCUGCGGUCGUUCCUUGGCCGCCCAACGACGAAUGAUUGAGGACGGGCGAAGCAAGAUCAAGGCUGUCAUCGAGGAGAUUAUUGGUUUCGAAAUCAAAGGCGAGGCCGAGGCAGGCAAGAUCCCACUGGAACAGGUGCGCGACGUUGUGCAGAAGAUCGAGAAGAUCGAAGGACUAUACCCCACCCGCCAGUCUUUUGUCCAGGCAAAUCCUCGCGCUGCAUCCGACGCCUAUGUCAAUAGCUGCGAUGCCGUCAUGUCCUGGCACAAUACUACCGACCUCAUCAACACUCAGCUUGGGAUUCUGCAGGCUUGGGUCGGUAACCAGGAACUGUCGUUCGACAAGCCUCGUCAGCGUGGUCUCCAAGACACUCAUGGUCACAUCAUUGAUGAGAGCACCUUCAUCGAUCGUAUCCUCAAAGAAGACGGUUUGCGUUCAUUAUGGGAUGAGGAGAAGGAGUCCAAAGAGAACAAGUCAAAUGGCCUCUUCCACGUUGUCAACACUGUCAUCGACAAGGCCAAGUCCACCCUCAUCUCGAAUGCCGAGUCUUUCGCCGAUCGUCACUUGCCUCCCUACAUCGAGGAGCUGUUGACGCUGAUCAACUUCCCUUCGCGUCUUGUGCAAGAGGUCAUCAAGGUUCGUAUAGGUUAUGCAAAGAAGAUGAAGGAUCCUGCUCAACAAGGCGUCAUGAUGGCCGAGCAAAUGAUUCUGCAAUUCCAAAGUCUUCUCAAACUGGCCGUCAAGGUCAAGGAAGCAUAUCUUCUGGCUGCUCACCCUGAGCCUGGUUGGGACCUCCCGCCAUGCAUUGACGAAAACUUCGAUCGCAUAGUACUCGAAGCCGUGCGCUUUUACUUCCGCAUGUUGAACUGGAAGCUCAUGGCCAACAAGAAUACGUUCAAGGAGGCCGAAAUUCUUGAACAAGAAUGGGGCUUCUGCAACGAGCUGGGUAGGCACCUCGAAGGUGGUGACGUCGAAGUCGCCGAGCAGUUCAGUUCUUUGACUUCAAAGUCACUGACCCGACUCACAUUGCACUUCGAACGCGAAUUGCAGAAACGCCCUGAUGAAGUCGCUGGCGCUGAGAUGGAUAAGAGAUAUAAGAACAUCCUCGAUUCCGUUCGUGUGCGCCAGCGUAAGAUCUUCCGUUUCUCUCGUUUGUUGAGCCAGCGUUUCGAGAACUCUACCGAAUACAGUCUCAACAUGAACUCAGUACACAUGCAGGACCUCAUCGACGCGCUCAUUGGCUCGGGCCAUUUCUUGAUUGACACAGACUCGGAGAAGACAGGGCUGUACUUCAUCGCCUGUCCCACUCUGGAUGGUCGUCUCAAGGAGAUUGAGACCCUACUCCGUACCUGCUACCACCCUGAGGAAUUGAUCGAAGACCUCACAAAUCCCUACGUACUUAUCCUCAAGCCGGAAGGCGCCAUCUCGUGGGAUGGUGCAGUCCUCGAGAGAUCUGGUUUCUCACCCCCUCACAUCGACCUUCGAACAGGCUUCAUGCGCCUCGUUGCCGAUGGUCCCCAGGAAAGACUCGGAGAUGCUAAUACAGCUUUUGCAUCAAACAUCGGCAUCGACCUCAAUGUUGUUGUGCCACAACGUGCGAACAUGACCAGAGUUAACCAGGAACUCCAGAAGAUCAGACGCACCACUUACAAGCUCAGUAAUACCAUUAUGGACAGUGUUGAGAUUGUGCGCAAGCAGACCGAAGGACUCCAGUGUCAAGAGCUGAUUCAGACAUGUUUCGCUUUCGCCACCGAGUUCGGACAACGUUCAGUACUCUACAUGGACCCCAACCGUCGCGCUUACCACAAUUUGAAGAUGACGAGACUUGCACUUGACUGGGUCAGUUUCGUUGCUGAUGAUUGUAUUCCUUCCGACCGCAAGACCUUCCGCUGGGCGGUCGUCGCGCUUGAAUUUGCCAUGGUCAUGACACGAGGACAGAAUAUUCUCUCCAUCAGCAUGACUGAAUACGACAAGCUGAGAGCUAAGGUUGCUGGAUGCAUGUCAUUGCUAAUCAGUCAUUUCGAUAUCAUGGGCGCUCGCUCGAACGUUGCCGCCGAAGCAGAAAAGUUGCGAUUAGAAAGCAUGGCUGGUAAGCUUCGUUUGGAUGUCAGCAAGCUCAAGGACGACGACGAGAGCUCUAAACUCGUUCAACAACAAUGGGUGGAGCAGCUGCAACAGAUUGACGAGUUCCGCAAGGAGCGUGAGGCUGAGCGACAAGCUCUCGGUCGCGUUCUCGAAGACAGCAAUGAAGCUGAUCGUGCGUUGACAUACUUGUCUGCUUCGGCAGGUAACGUUGUAUUGCGAUGGCAACAGGGUCAGUUCGUCGGAGGUGGUACCUUUGGUUCCGUUUACGCAGCCAUCAACCUUGAUAGUGGCCAUCUCAUGGCCGUCAAGGAGAUUCGACUUCAAGAUCCCCAGCUCAUCCCGACAAUCGUCUCACAAAUUCGCGACGAGAUGGGCGUGUUGCAAGUGCUCGAUCAUCCCAACGUUGUCAGCUACUACGGUAUCGAGCCUCACAGAGACAAGGUCUACAUCUUCAUGGAGUACUGUUCAGGCGGCAGUCUGGCAGGUCUUCUCGAACACGGCCGUAUUGAAGAUGAGACAGUCAUCCAGGUGUACGGUCUUCAGAUGUUGGAGGGUCUAGCUUAUCUCCAUGAAGCAGGUGUUGUCCAUCGCGACAUCAAGCCCGAAAACAUCCUCCUCGAUCACAACGGUGUAAUCAAAUACGUCGACUUUGGUGCGGCCAAAGUCAUCGCCAAGCAGGGAAAGACUCUCGUGGCCGAUCCGACCGGCCGUGGAGGACGUCAAAACUCCAUGACCGGUACACCCAUGUACAUGUCUCCAGAAGUCAUCAAAGGAGGCGCACCAGUCAACUCUCGGCACGGCGCCGUCGAUAUCUGGUCUCUUGGCUGUGUGAUCCUUGAAAUGGCCACCGGACGUCGUCCAUGGGCUUCUCUCGACAACGAGUGGGCCAUCAUGUACAACAUUGCUCAAGGCAAUCCUCCUCAACUUCCCACCAAUGACCAGUUGUCAGAACUUGGAUUGGACUUCUUGAAGAAAUGCUUCGAGCGUGACCCGGCGAAAAGAUCCUCGGCUGCUGAAUUAUUGCAACAUGAAUGGAUUAUGCAGUUGAGGAAUCAGUUGUCUCUUGAACCUGGUACGCCUGCGACACCGGCUUCGGAAGCAAGUUUCGGGAGUAUGAGUAGGCAUGAGAGCAGCAAUGGGUCAUUCAAUUGAUGAGGGGCGGUUUUGUUUUUUGUGUGAGUGAUUGGUCUGAUUGGGGUGGAAUGUUUGUCGUUGGUCUCUCUUUGCAUUAUCGUUGUUACUUCUAGGCAUCAGGCGUUCUCUCUUCUUGGCGCGACUCCUCCUAUUCAUUUCUAGUAACCUUUUUGCAUAUAAAAGACUAUUUCACUCCUAUGUUAUCAAUCUGUCAUUUUUUCGACGUGCAUCGAUAACCCAUGAUUGAGAAAACGUCACA